AUGGUUAAAAUAAUUUGUUUGUUUGUUUGUUCGUUCGUUCGUUUGUUUUGUUCGUUUGUUAGUUACAUUAGCGAGACGGCAACCGAAGGUGACGAAGAAGAUUUAAAAGCGUUGGAAUUGAGAAAACAAGAAGUGAGACUACAACCUCAAAGGCAUCACCACCGACAGGAUACGGAUACGGGUUCGGAUACUGAGGUACGAAAUUUUCAAUCAUCAUCAUCAUCAUCAUUCAAUCCUCCCAUUCCCGAAAAGAAAAAUGUUAAAAAUUGUCCCUCGGGUUCGAGUGUUCGUAUAGGUAAAGACGGUGUAACGACGGAAAACGGCGAGGAUUUGAAAAAUAUUAAAAGUCAAAAAUCUUUGCAAAGGAGCGUCACGUUUGCCGAAGGUCGUCAUUUUCGCGACGGUAGAAAUCCGUUGAUUAAAAGUAAAUCCGUUGUGACGGAUAGCGUGACGGAUUUUAAAAGCAGCGCACCUUUCGAAGAAAAAUUAAACAUGUUCGGUGCGAGAACGAGAGGUGAGAGGAAAUCGUCGAAUUUGGAAAUGUUAUUACGUAAAGACAUGAACGGAAAUCAAAAAUGGCGGAGGGAAAACGUUGAUGUUGAUGAUGAAAAAUACAUAGAUAAAAAUUUAGUCAUGAGAAGAGAAUCAUUGAAGAAAACAAAUUCUCUCGAUCCGAAAACAUUGGAAUUUCAAACGAAAAUCAAUUCGAAUGAUUUUUCCGACAAGGGAAAAUUUAAUUUUUUAGUCGUCAAAAGAUUUUCACCCUCGCCUCCUCCGCAUUCUCCGGUCGUGAGAAAUUUUUCUCAAAAUGGCGAUUUGAACGAUCACGAUGACGACAGGUACUCUUCGUUUCGGGCUCUGUGUGAAAAUUCCGAAUCCGACGUGGAAGAAUUUUUUAAAAAUUUAACAUUGAAAGAAGAGGAAAUGGAAAAGUUGGCGGAAAAAUUCAACGAAGUCACCCAAAGGAACAGGAUAGCAUUGCCGGCGGAAAACAUUAAAAUCGAUGUUGAAAAUGUAACGACCAUCGAUUCGGACAUUGAAGAAUUUUUCGAUAAUUUAAAUUUGGAAAAAGAAUUGGAAUCGAAGGGUGGGGGUGAAGUCACGGAAAAAGACGUGGAAGAAAUAUUGAAUUUGUUCGAUGAUGACGGCAAUGAUAAAUCGAAAGGCGAGGGUGUCGGGAAAGGUGAAAGCAACAGCGUCGAAGAAAUGGAAAAACAUUUCGAAAACCUUUUGAAAGAAGUCGAAGCCGAGGGUGGUGGUAGCGAGACUUUGUCAGGUUUAAUAAACGAUGUCGAGGAAAAAGAUGACGAAAGAGGGAAAAACAAAUCGAACGGAAAUGCUGAAGAUGGGAAAACUUCACCGGAAAUCAACGACGGUCCUACACCGUCACCCGAACCUUCUCGUAAAAUACAAACGAAGGAUGAAAAUAUUUGUCAUUCUUACGAGAACGUCUUCGUCACUCCUACUCCUCCUUCUUCUCCACCCGUCAGACCGAGGAGGAAAAAGGAUAAUUUGAGUCUGAACAUCAUGGAAACUCCCGUGAGCGACGGAUCCGGCGUGUACGACAAUUAUUCGUCGCCCGAAAAACGGGAAAUCGAUCGCAGUCUUUUAAACAAUGGUCACGUCACGCCGGAAACGACGAGUAAAAAUCAUCAUUAUUAUUACAAUCCGUCGAAAUACGAUACGAAACCCAUCACUUCCCAUUCUUCGAUCAAUCGAACGAAUCUCGAUAGAGCGAGAUGGAACGCGAGAAGGAAUUCUUCGGGUGGGAAGGAAACGGAUGUGAGACGUUCGAGCGUCACGUCUCCGUUGAUGGUGACGACUCCGACAUUUUCUCAUUAUCGCGAUUCGAGAUCGAUAUCGAAAUCAUCUCCGAGGUCGCCUAAAUACGACGACGAUAAAUGUUUGGUGUCGUGA